AUGAACGUGCAAAAGAAAAAAAUGUUCAAUAUUACGAUCCUCAUAUUCAAGUUUGUUAGAGUAGUGUUCGUUGCCGUUGGCAAUGCCAUCAAUCGAAAAAUCGCCUCCACGAUCCAUCGAUACCGUUACAAUCCGGUGGAUUCUCCUAAAAAUAUUGUGAUCAUUGGAGCUUCCUUCGCAGGUUACCACACCGCUAAACUGCUGGCUAACUCUGUGCCGACCGGUUACCAAGUCGUCGUGAUCGAAAAAAGCUCGCAUUUUCAAUUCACAUGGGUGUUCCCCCGUUUCUCGGUGGUAAAAGGACACGAACACAAAGCCUUCAUCCCCUACGGGCCCUUCUUCAAAGGAGCACCUAAAGGGAGCUGGCGGAUGAUACAGGAUACCGUCCUGGAGGUAAGCCCGCGCACGAUCUCGCUACAAAGUGGAGUCAAGCUAGACUAUGAGUUCCUCGUUCUUGCAACGGGCUCCCACGCAGGUUCUCCCUCUAGGCUCAAUGUGAAUGAGAAGAAUGAGGGAAUCAAGGUCCUGCAGAGCUUGCAAAAUCGGAUCCGGAACGCGAGUGAUAUGGUGAUAGUGGGCGGGGGUCCUGCUGGCGUCGAACUUGCUACGGAUGUCAAGAGCGACAACCCUCAUAAAAAUGUGACAUUAAUCCAUUCGCGGAAGACACUGCUGAGCAACUUUGGAACGAAGGUCCAUGACGUUGCGCUCGAAGCCUUGGAAGGGUUGGGUGUACGCGUGAUCCUAGGCGAGCGGAUCCAGACUCACAGCGAGGAUGACGGGAGUGUGGUGCUGGGGACGGGAGCAGAGAUCCCCUGUGAUCUAUUGGUAUGUAUACCUGAUUGGCAUUUUGAAUGGAGGCUUAUCCGCCCUAAGGUUCGAUGCACCGGCCAAAAGGCUGCGUCGGAUAUCAUCGCCGAGCUUUGCCCUGAUGCUGUCUCACCCCCAGGAGGCUUUGUGAAGGUGAAGUCUACAUUGCAGAUCGCGGACGACCGGUUCAGCAAUAUCUACGCGGCUGGUGACGUCGUUGCGUCCACGGGUCCCAAAAAUGGUCGCUCUGCCACACAACAAGCAGAGGUUGUGAGCAAUAACGUUCUCCGCGCAAUUCAAGGCCAACCUCUCACCAUGUAUCACUCCGAUAUGUUGAUGGAAGGCGGUAUAGAGUUGACACUUGGAUUGGAUAAAAACGUGAUCUACCUUACGGACGGCUUGAGGGACAUGCUUCUCACCCGCAAGUCGAAGGACAUCGCGUUGAAAUCUGAAGCUUGCUGGAAAAUGAUGGGGGCAAAGCCGUUCGUGGACGAGGCCUGGGAAGCGGCUCAGUGA